GAAGGGGCCCACUGCCCCGCGAGUCACUCCCCAGCCCCUUGGAGACGGGGCGAGACCCUAGCGAACCCGCUGCCCUCCGGGCGGUGCCGACCCACAGCGACCCUGUGGGACAGAGCACAGCUGCCCGGCAGGGUCUCCAAGGCUGCGCCGUCUUUCUCCCGCGGAGAGGCUCGUGAGUGGGUUCGAACCAUCUUUCGGGUAGCAGCCGAGCGCUUUAACCACUGCGCCACCAGGACCCUGGAGAUGGAGCCCAGUGCACGAAAUGGCAGCCUUGACAUCGGGAAAACACCCUGAGACGUUUUGGUGUCCGUGCCUUCGUUGCCCUGCGCUGUAGUUUUGCUGGGCUGGUUAUUAAAAUCAGUGGGUAUUAAGUGAUGUGCUGGCAUUACCCAUCUUCAAGCAGGAAGAUUCCAGCCUUCCGCUGGAUGGGGACACUGAACACCCCCCCUUUCAGUAUGUCAUGUGUGCCGCGACGUCACCCGCAGUGAAACUGCACGAUGAGACGCUCACGUACCUGAACCAAGGUCAAUCUUACGAAAUUCGGAUGCUGGAUAAUCGGAAAAUGGGAGAUCCGCCCGCGCUUAGCGGGAAGCUGGUAAAGAGCAUCAUCCGAGUCGUGUUCCACGACAGACGGCUGCAGUAUACGGAGCAUCAGCAGCUCGAAGGCUGGAGGUGGAAUCGCCCGGGAGAUAGACUGCUGGAUUUAGAUAUCCCAAUGUCUGUGGGAAUAAUUGACACAAGGACAAAUCCAAGCCAGUUAAAUGCAGUUGAAUUUCUGUGGGAUCCUGCAAAGCGCACAUCUGCUUUCAUUCAGGUGCACUGCAUCAGUACGGAAUUUACACCCCGGAAGCACGGGGGGGAAAAGGGGGUGCCUUUCAGGAUCCAGGUUGACACCUUUAAGCAGAAUGAAAAUGGGGAAUACACGGACCAUCUACACUCUGCUAGCUGCCAAAUCAAAGUGUUUAAGCCUAAAGGAGCAGACAGGAAACAAAAAACAGACCGAGAGAAGAUGGAGAAGAGAACUGCCCACGAAAAAGAAAAGUAUCAGCCGUCCUACGACACCACAAUCCUCACAGAGAUGAGGCUUGAGCCUAUAAUUGAAGAUGCAGUUGAACAUGAGCAGAAAAAGUCCAGCAAGCGGACUUUGCCAGCAGACUACGGUGAUUCUCUGGCAAAGCGAGGCAGUUGUUCUCCGUGGCCCGAUACCCCCACAGCCUACGUGAAUAACAGUCCUUCCGCAGCAGCGGCUUUCACCUCCCCCCCGCAGAGCACCUGCAGUGUCCCAGACAGCAAUUCUUCUUCCCCAAAUCAUCAGGGAGAUGGCGUCUCACAGGCCUCUGGUGAGCAACUUCAGUCUUCAGCCACCAUCCAGGAGACACAGCAGUGGCUGCUCAAAAACCGGUUCUCUUCCUACACAAGACUGUUUUCCAAUUUUUCAGGUGCCGACUUACUAAAACUGACAAAAGAGGACCUGGUACAAAUCUGUGGUGCGGCCGAUGGGAUUCGGCUCUAUAACUCACUGAAGUCAAGGUCGGUUAGGCCUCGGUUAACCAUCUACGUCUGCCAGGAGCAGCUGGGCGGCACAGUGCUGCCCGGGCAGCAGCAGGCUGCAGGCAGUGGAGGCGACAGUGGCAGUGGGACACCCCACGUUUAUCAUGCAAUCUACUUGGAAGAAAUGCUUGCCUCAGAAGUUGCUCGAAAACUUGCGUUGGUGUUUAAUAUUCCUUUGCACCAAAUUAACCACGUUUACAGACAGGGUCCCACUGGUAUUCACAUUCUUGUUAGCGAUCAGAUGGUUCACAACUUUGAAGAAGAGAGCUGUUUUUCCUUCUCCACAGUGAAAGUUGAAAAUGGUGGUGGUAUCCACAUAAUUUUGAAGUGAUGUCCUAUGUAGAUUGAACUAUAUUCAGUACCAAAUAAAGUCACGCUUGAAAAGUGUGUGAAGACUGAAUCCAAGAAGUCGUGGGAUUGGAUUUGACCAUAUAAAAUGUUUCAUAUUGAAAACACAAGAUGACCUUCAGGUGAGCUGUAUGAGAGGCGACUCCUGUCACUGCCACAGCCAAGCAUCCUCGUGAGACCGUCGGCUUGAGGCCCCGGUGCGGACAGAGCUGCCUGCUUCUCUGGCAGAGGCCAGUAGAUCAAGUUCCUAGAAGCAGCCUUCGCUGCUUUUUACACUGUAUGGGGUUUGGAAAUGAAUGUAAAAACUCACUGUGGGCAUUUACCUUUCUAUGCCAGUUUGGCUUUUAUUGCUUGGAUCUUAUGCUGACCUGGAGGGGUGGGGUGGGCGGGGGCAGUGCAGAGCCAGGAUGGGAUCUGUUUGUGGAGAGACGUCGUGCUGAUGAUGGACCUGCAGCCAGGUGAGACAGGCUCUGCACCUUCUCAGAGGAAAUCAUGUCUAAGGUGUGUGUGUCAGUGGGAUCGUGCCAGAUCGGGGAAGAUCAAGCUGGAAAGAUGGGCUUGACGCAGACUGCAUGACCAGGAGUACCUUGGUGAGAGGAUCAGUGUAAAUCCUAAUAGGUACAAAGACUUGUGUGUUUUUGCUUUGUCACACUUUUAUUGAAAAACUUUCUGCUUCCCUUUUUAGCAUUUUCGUUUCUGACUUUGCAUUUUCGAAGCCCAAUUACCUUUAAAACUCAAGUGGUUUUCUCCCCCUGCCCCCUUCUACGCUGUUUCCUACUUUUCAUUUUAAACAUUUUUAAAGCCCUACCCCAGAUGUUGAAAACAGGUGACCUCAGCGGGGGAAGAAGUAUUACACCUGAUGGCUUCUGACUUGGUGUUAAGGAGGCUUCGUUGUCAACAAGACAGAAUUGUUCUUGGAACACUAGACGUCAUGAACACUAAAAUGCACCAUGAAAGUCCCUUAUCCUCAAAUACUGAGCUUAAUACAAUCGUGGGUGAAGAUUCUGGUUAUUCAUUAGGGGCUUUUUAUAGACCGUGUAAUAGCUGCUUUUUUAAUAAAAGAGAGUGCCUCUUUAACCAAAUCAAAUGCUUGUCUGCCAGUAUACUUCCCCGAAGGGAAUCCACUGUUUUCUCAUUCUCUCCACCCUCGCCCGGAGCCAUCCCGAAAGUCAUCAGCAAGCAUUGUUGAGGCCUGUGGUGUAGCAGACCCAGUUUUUAAGAAAACCUUAUAUUCUGUUUUAAUUAGUUAUCUCUGUCCAUUUGCCCAGGUGUUCUGGCUUUGAAUAUACCAUUUGAUCUCCAUCUUUGUUCAGAGGAAUGAAUAACUUUAAUUCAUAAAGCGGGUCAACCACUUACUACAAAGGGGCACUCUCUCCUAUUUGUCUUCAGUUCCAAAAUGCUUGUAACUGCUGUAGACCCUACUGGAGGACAGCUUUCCUUUCUGUCACUCCCCCUUUGCGUGUGUAUGGCCACAUGUUUUCUGAACCAAUCACUUGGAAAAAGAAGUGAACUUCUCUUGUGUUAGA